AUGGGUAAUAAAAGGAAAGCUCAAAAUAUUACUAAGAGCGAUGAAGUUGUACAUAAGAAAAAAAAGGAGAAAAAAAUUAAAAAUUUAAACAAAACCGAUCUUGAAAACAAUAAAAAUGUGGAUGUCAGUAACGCUUGUGAACAGUCUGUUGAUGAUGUUAAAACAAGUAGUAGUAGCAGAAAACCUAAAAAGAUAAUAUUUGUAGAAGACGAACCGCAAGAAGUUCCAGUAACACCUUCAAUUACAGUUACAGAUAACGUAAAACCGCUUAAUAAAAGAAAAGAGCAGAGUACUGAUAUUUUAACAGAAGAGGACGUGAAAGAUGAAGAUAUAGAUAGGUUCUGCGAUGAAUUGACUGAAGAAGACAAUAAACAGUACGAAAAUUGGGUACAAUUAAUAGAAGCUAAUUUAAACUCAAAUAAAAAGAAACCAAAGUACUUUUAUGUUUUAUUUUGA